GCACCGUGCUGAGUACUUAAUAGACAACAUCUCAAAAUUCUCACAGCCACCCUGUGAGGCUUACCUGCGAGCCAUUGACGUGAAGAUCCUACAGCAGCUGCUGACUUUGAAUGAGGGCAUUGAGGCGCUCCGCUGGCUGUUGGAAGAACGGGGGACAUUGACCAGCCACUGCAGCAGCCUCACCAGCAGUCAAUAUAGUCUGACAGGUGGGAGCCCAGGCCACUCAAGGAGAGGCAGCUGGGACAGCCUGCCAGACAUCAGCUCCACUGACCAGCUGGACAGUGUCUCCAUUGGCAGCUUCCUGGACACCGUGGCACCCCCUGAGCUGGAUGAACCGGGCAACCUUAGGGCUCCCCAUCCUGAGAUGGACUGGGCAAAGGUUCUACCUGGUGGGGAGAGGGCCAGGACUCAGUUGGACCUGACAGCCACCAAGCUAGGGAACUUGAGGGCUGUGUGGAAGCCCCCAGAGGAGGGGCUCCAAGGUGGACCUCCUGAACCACCAGAGGAUGAAAAUGCCGAGCUGGGCUUUGAGGUCCACUGGUACUGGGGGCAGUGCCAGGAUGAUGUGACCUUCCUGUAACAACAUUUCCACCCUUUUGUUCUGCUGUGGCUCUUUCUUCACUAGGCCCUAGUCUCCCUUGAAAUUUAUUCUCUCUCAAUUUGGGACUAGGAAGAGGCUGCAUUGAAAUCA